GCUGUAAACAAUAAACACAACCGCGAUGCUAGCUGGCUACUACAUUUUACUGAAUCAGUGACUGCCACGGCCAUCUAACUGAAGAAGAAAACAAAUCGGAAACAUAUUCGCUUAAGAAAUGCACCUCGAAAAAUAACUUUAGAAUGGCAACAACAGACCAUUCGCUGUUUUAAUUCCGAUAUUGUGUUAUUUCGGUCACUGUCUCGUAUCUCGUUAGCUUGGUUGUCAACCAUUAUUAUUAAACGUUUCUCGUUAUCAACAUUAAGGGUAAACACCUAUUUAGACAGUUAUUUACUUUAUCCUCCGUUAUAUACGUAGGGACAUGAGGUAAUAACGAUAACGUUCUGAUUUGCAACGUUUCUUGUAUAACCCACCUGCUGCUAAUGUCCAACUAGUAACUGUUGACGUUAACUAGCUUUAUUGGUUACCUGGUAUCCGGUAACAGAAGUUUGACUAACCAAACUGCUACCUAGGUAGCGCAUUUGUUGGUGACUACGUUAGCUUGAUUUGUCAGAACCUUGUCUCUGAAUAGUGACAUUCUUGGGCUUGCGGAACAGUUUAAAGAACAUGUCUACCUCCAACUUCAAAAACAAAUGUGUCACUCAAGUGAAUUGUAUAUACUGUGAGAGUCUACUCUGCACAAGAGGAAUGAAGGCAGUUCUUCUUGCAGAUACAGAAAUUGAACUGUUUUCUACUGACAUACCACCGAACAGAACUGUUGACUUUGUGGCCAGCUGCUACUCUACUGAAAGCUGCAAAUGUAAACUGAGAGAUAUCGCCUGCCUGAAAUGUGGUAAUAUUGUGGGCUAUCAUGUGGUGGCCCCCUGCAAGCCCUGCCUGCUGUCCUGUAACAACGGCCAUUUCUGGAUGUUUAACAGUGACGCUGUUUCCACGAUCAACAGACUGGAUGCUACGGGUUUGAACCUGUUGUUGUGGGGAGACCUCCCCGAGUUGGAGGACAGCGAGAACGAAGGAUCAGACAGUCCAUCGGAUGAGGAGUGCUUCAGGUAGAGGGAGAGAUGGGAAAUGGAAGAGAAAGACCUUACCCUGCGACAUACCGGAGGCCCCAGGAAUAGACAGAGAGGAUGUAGGAGGAGAAGGCAUAACCGGAAGAGGAGAUCCACCCCCCCAAACACCAGUCUCUUAGAAGCACACCCCCCCACCCCUUGGAAAUGCCCUCUUUCCUCAAACAUGCUACUGAUCCCAGGCUGAACUCAUAUUUCCAGUGGACAGAGCGAUUGAUUUUAUUAAUCUUUAACCUGGCUUUUUUUUUUACCGUUUGGGUAGCCUAUUGCCAUUGGACAUUGGAUUUAACAUUGUAUGCCGGAUUUUUUUUCUUCCAGUCCUGUGUUGGUCCAUGAACAAUCCACCGCUGCAGUCUCCACAGCGAUGUUGCGGUUAGCUUUCAGAAACUGAUGUUGUUUACUUUUAGGUUUUGCAAGUGUAUCUUGUGUCACACUUUCAUGAUGAGUGCCAAUGUGAUAAUUCGAUGGUGCUGGUGCAGUAAAGGCAUCCGUUUGGUUCUGGGGCUCUUCUGUUGUGGGAAUGAGGGCACUUAGUGGAAACUGAGUCGGCAUAAGUACGCAUAUCUCAUCCCAACCUGCCAAAGAAGCUGACGGAAAAUACAUGAUAAUGAAAAGAAAGUUGAUUCCAUUCACCUACACUCACUACUGUUGAUAGAAACUGACUGUUGAUAACUUAACUCUGUAUUACUCAACAAUGAAUGGUUGUGUGUGCUUGUCAGAGAACUAUACUUGAGUAUAUAUAUCUGACUAUACUGUAUGUUUGAGUGUAUAUACAUAUGAGUCACUUAUUUAAAGGAGUGUGAAGGGCAGAACUUUCUAUUGCUGCCAAAGCUUUUGCUUCAGCCAACUUUCUAGACUUUUAUUCUAAUGGCCUUUGAUCUGAUUCCGAUUCUGUGGGUUACUGGGGGCUGACUGUCAUUGUAGGAAGUCAAGCUCAUUGUCACUGCAGCUAAAAUGUUUUAGCUAGCUUGGUGUUGAUGCUUUGGUGCCCAGCAAGUACUGUCACUAUGAGUGAAAUAUCAUGAAGUAGCAUUAAUAUACCUCCCAGUUUAAACAGACAUGCUAUGGCUGUAUUAAUAAGGAUAUGUUAAAGCUUACAUGGACAGUUAUUUGUUUUGGUUUCUAACUGAUAGAUCGAACUAGCUACACACACCAAAUACCUGAGAUUGCAUUCACCAAUUAAGAAUCAUUUUUCCUAUUUGUAGCAAUCAUAUUUUUUUAAAUGCUGUUUUUAGCUCUGGCUAUCACCUUUUUGCGAUGAUUUACAUUUAGAUUUACAUAUAAAUCCCACAGACCAAAUGUUAAAUAACAUUUAAAUUCUUGUUGAAAUAUUUUAAUUUACAAAAAUGCUGUAGGUUUUGUUUGUUUUUUAUUUGACCUUUCUCUUGUAUUUGAGUGUUCCUUUUCAAGACUGGUUUUUGUUUUGAAGUGUACUCUUUCUAUGGCAUAGGACAAUAUUUGGGAGAUCAUCAUAUUGUAUGAAAACUGUGACCAGUUAUCUUUUUUGAAUCAAACUUGAAUAUGAUUAACUUAUGUACUGUGUUUUUAUUUAUCAAUGUGAAUGUGUGUAUUUAUUAACAAACAAACACAUUGCUUUAUUUAUACUGAUGUUACUUGCCCUGCUGAAAAAAUAUGUAUAUUUUGAAAUUGCACUGAAAUUGCAUUGGUAGUUUGAA